AUCAUAAAUUCAUACCAGGAACUAAUGAUCAAUUUAUUAUUACUGCAUAUAUUAACGGAAAUCUAUCACAACAUACUGAUUUCGGAUUAAUAUUUGGAGUAUUUGAUCAUAUUAAACCACUUAAUAUAGUAGAACCAUUUACUGCUGGAAUUCCUUCAAAAAAUACUUAUACUUUUACUUUAUCAGAAAGAGUUGAUAUAGAUAACAAUGAAGAAUGGUUUUCUACUGUUAAUAAACAAAAUACAGAUCUUGUAUCUGCUUUUUCAGAUGGUUCUAUUGCCAUAAAAUACGCAGAAAAGGAAAGACACACCCUUUAUGAUAUAGUUGGCGAAGCAGGUGGAGAUUUGACAUUAGCCUUAGCAUUAUGG